CCUCUUUAGACGCCCUUCUCCCCCACUUCCAUCCUUCCUGUUCUACUCACCACAAACCACCACCAGUACCCAAACCACUUGUAGUCAGCUUUAUUUGGCCUUUCCUCCCACGACUCCCGAACUGAAGCCGGUUCUUCUUUCUUUCUCUCCCAUUAACUUUCCUCCCCCCAACAACAACACCCACAUCCACCACAAACCAUCCAUCAUGUCUUCCGGCAAAACUUUCACUCUGAGCAACGGCGUCAAGAUCCCCGCCGUGGGUUUCGGUACCUUCGCCAGCGAGGGAUCCAAGGGUGAGACCUACGACGCCGUCACUGCCGCCCUCAACAUCGGCUACCGUCACCUCGACUGCGCCUGGUUCUACCUGAACGAGGACGAGGUCGGCCAGGCGGUCAAGGACUUCCUCAAGAAGAACCCCUCCGUCAAGCGCGAGGACAUCUUCAUCUGCACCAAGGUCUGGAACCACCUGCACCGCCCCGAGGAUGUCGAGUGGUCGGUCAACAACUCCCUGGAGAAGCUCCAGCUCGACUACAUUGACCUGUUCCUGGUCCACUGGCCCAUUGCCGCCGAGAAGGAGACUCAGGAGAAGCCCAAGAUCGGCCCUGAUGGAAAGUACGUCAUCCUCAAGGACCUGACUGAGAACCCCGAGCCCACCUGGCGGGCGAUGGAGAAGAUCUACAAGGAAGGCAAGGUCAAGGCGAUCGGAGUUUCCAACUGGACCAUCGAGGGGCUCGAGAAGCUGCUCAAGUACGCCGAGGUCAAGCCUCACGUCAACCAGAUCGAGAUCCACCCCUUCCUGCCCAACGAGGAGCUGGUCAAGUACUGCUUCGACCACGACAUCCUGCCCGAGGCCUACUCCCCCUUGGGCUCGCAGAACCAGGUGCCCACGACGGGCGAGCGCGUCAGCGAGAACAAGACCCUGAACGAGAUCGCCCAGAAGGGCAACAACACGUUGGCGCAGGUGCUGAUCGCCUGGGGUAUCCGCCGCGGCUACGUCGUCCUGCCCAAGAGCUCCAACCCCGCCCGCAUCGAGUCCAACUUCAAGAGCAUCGAGCUGUCCGACGAGGACUUCGAGGCGGUCAACAAGGUCGCCGAGGGCCGUCACUUCCGCUUCGUCAACAUGAAGGAUACCUUCGGCUACGACGUGUGGCCCCAGGAGACGGCCAAGAACCUGUCUGCUUAAGCGGGUUCCUGGCACGGAAGAAGAGACCAAGCGUUUAAUGAUUUAUGCGGGACAUAAAAAAAUGACGGAAUGAGAUAAUCUUCUUAUCAGCUAGACGAUACAGAAUUAUGACCUUUUGUUGGAAGA